GAAAUCAAAUGAGUGGAAUUAUGAGAUAAUAGGGGAAAGCAUAAUGAACAAUUGGGCUGUGGAUUUGCUAAAUAGAAAAUACAGUUGUAGGAGAUGGGAUCUAACAGGAAUUCCUUGCAAACAUGCCAUUGCUGCAAUUUGGGCUAAACAUGAUGACAUUAACUCAUACGUGGAUGAUUGUUAUAAGGUAAAAACUUAUAGGAAAAUCUAUGCAUUUUCUAUUCUACCUAUGAACGGUCAAGAGAUGUGGCCUAAGUUGAGAAACAUACCUCCUUUGCCUCCAUGGUUGGUAAGACAAAGUACCAAAGGAAAAAAACAAAAGCAGCGGAGAAAAGAACCAGAUGAAAUGGGAGCAAGUAGACAAAAAAUGAGAAGGAAGCAAAAUAAAUUGGACUGUAGCUUAUGCCACAAACCAGGCCAUAAUAUAAGAACCUACAGUUUAAAUCGUGUGUAUCCAGAUUCUCAUGAUGAUGAGACAACACAACAAGGAUCGUCAUUUCCUACUGUACCUUUUGCUCCUACAAAGCUUACAGUGAGAAGAGGACCUGCUUGCCAAGAACAUAUGAAAGCAGCUCAAGAAAGUGGAGUGUCUGACGACUCAUUUUUUAGUAUGUAAAUUGUUGCUGUAAAAUAUUGUGUUUUGCUGCUGUUGAAGGAAAAUUUUUGCUGCUAUAGAAGGAUAAGUUUUGCUACUCUAAAAGGA